AUGCGACGGACGACGCGCAGUCUUAUUGUCAACGCCAUCUUGUUCUGGACAAUCCUGUUCCUCAUCAUCUACGUCAACCAUGAUUGGACAUCGACUACCAAGACCUUCGCGUGGUCUCGAAUCCACUACAAGACCUCCUCCUCCACCCUGCCUGAGCCUCGCGGCAACUGUCCCGGCUUGGAAGAGGACUCUAAACCGACCCUAGUAGUGGCAAGAGUUGGCGCAGAGGACCCUUCAUGGCUUGACACCCUGGCAGCCAUUUACCACCUGUGUGUGUACAGGACCGACCUGCAAGACGUGACCUCAUGGCAUCUCCAAGUGCCCGCGAACCGGGGCCACGAAGCCAUGGCAUACCUCACCUUCCUGAUCGACAAUUAUGAACGCCUCCCCGCGGCUGGCGCCGUCUUUGUUCACGGCUCACGCUGGGCAUGGCACAAUGACGCCCCUGAUUAUGACAAUGCUGCCCUCCUGGCGUCCUUGAACGUUUCGGCUGCCCUCGCUCCGUUUGGAUAUCACAACCUGCGUUGCGACUGGAGCGCCAGCACAUGCUCACCAACUGAGGCUCCGCCACAGGGCAGCCUGGAAACAUUGGCACGCUCUGUGUUGGAGCCGUGGAACUUGCGUUUGGCAUCGGAUAGUGCACUGCCACGGGCGAUCGUGGACCUGUUCGGUGGGCAGGGGACAGAUGGAAAGAUGAGCUCCUCUAGAUUGUCCCUGGGUCGUACGGAUGCCAUUCGGUCGCAGUGCUGCGCGCAGUUUGUCGUUUCCCGCGAGCGAAUGUGGCAACAUUCCCGUGACGAAUAUGUUGCUCUUCGACAGUGGCUUCUGGAUGAAGGAGAGAGGGCGGCCCAUCCUGACGACCGGAUUGCUGGCCGGAUCUUGUCAUAUAUCUGGCACAUCCUAUUUAUGCCGCGGGAUGCAUCUGCCCACGUCGAUCUAAAGCAACUCAAUUCUUUGGCAUGCCCGCCCGCCCACGAAUGCUACUGUCGCUUGUACGGUCGGUGUGAUCUGGACGGCUGCUCGAGUCCUGGUCAUUGUCGUGGACAGUAUGUUCUACCUCCCGGGUUUCGACUGCCGGAUGAUUGGGCGGCGAAACAUUCGUGA